ACCAACAUUAUUUUACAUUUUCAUAUUUUGAAAUAUUAAUACAAGAUAUAGCAAAUAGUGAAGUUCUUAAUGCGCCCGUCCGAAGGCACAGAACCGCAGGUUUUCAGUUCCCUUGCCUGUGGUGCUCUUACCUCAACAGCAGUCUCCUUCAGGACUGGCGUGCGAGGGCCGGGUGGCGGCGCAUUACCUGCAGAGGGGCUGAGCAGAGCAGAGCAGAGCGCCCUGCGGGGGUUUCCAUAGUGAGAGUAGACUUUCAGUAUCAGGAGAAACGGGAGCGACUUCCUGGUCAGGGAUCAUGAGGCUUCUGAAAAGAACUCAAAACGCAAGGAAAAAACUGCCUACAAUAUAAAGAAGACAGAGUCGCGCCUUUCAAGUCAAGGUCAUGUGUGCUUCUUCCAGUAUAAAACUCCAGUGGAAACUUGUGCGGACUUCAUGCAAGGCAUCACAUUACCAUGAAUUCUGACACAGACCAGGAUGCUGCAAUUAAACUUGCCCAGGAGCGCUCAGAAAUAGUUGCAAAGUAUGACAAGGGAAAAGAAGGAGCAACAGUGGAACCAUGGGAAGAUGCUAACUACCGGGUUUAUAAAGUCACAGAUCGCUUUGGAUUUCUUCAUGAGGAUGAACUUCCUUCAUAUGAUUCAGUUGAAGAAAAGCAAAAAAUACAAGAAAUUGAAAGGACUACAAAAUGGUUGAAGAUGAUAAAGAGUUGGGAUAAAUACAAGAACAGUGAAAAGCUUGCUAGACGAAUCUACAAGGGAAUUCCACUUCAGCUCAGAGGAGAGGUCUGGUGUUUGCUCCUUGAUAUACCCAAAAUAAAAGCAGAAAAAAAGGACUUUUAUGAGAAACUGAAGCAGAGGGCUAGAGCAACAUCUCCAGAUGUCAGACAGAUUGAUCUAGAUGUUAAUCGUACAUACAGGGACCACAUCAUGUUUAAAGACAGAUACGAUGUAAAGCAGCAAGCUUUAUUCCAUGUUUUAAUUGCAUAUUCUGUAUAUAACACAGAAGUUGGAUAUUGUCAAGGAAUGAGUCAAGUCACAGCCCUGCUUCUAAUUUAUAUGAAUGAAGAAGAUGCAUUUUGGGCAUUGGUGAGACUUCUCUCUGGACAGAAACAUGCAAUGCACGGUUUUUUUGUUCCCGGAUUUCCAAAGCUGCUGAGAUUUCAAGAACACCAUGACAAGAUUUUAAAGAAACUGAUGCCGAAACUUAAGGAGCACUUGGAUUCCCAAGAUGUCUUUACCAGCCUUUACACUGUGAAGUGGUUCUUUCAGUGUUUCAUUGACAGAACUCCUUUUACAUUAACGUUAAGGUUAUGGGAUAUCUACAUCUUAGAAGGGGAGCGAAUCCUUACAGCCAUGUCUUACACUGUCCUCAAACUACAUAAAAAGCACCUUAUGAAGCUCUCAAUGGAAGACUUGGUUGAGUUUCUACAGGAGACACUGGCCAAAGAUUUCUUCUUUGAUGAUGACUUUGUAAUUGAUCAACUUCAAAAUUCAAUGUCAGAGCUUAAACGGUCAAAGCUGGACUUGCCCCCACCAGGAAAAGAAGAUGAAUUUCCAAAAAGAACACUAGGACAGCUGCCGCCAGAGCCGCGGUCAUCUUUCUCCAACCAUUUUAUCAAUGGACAAAGCAAUAAUAUAAGGUCUGAAGUUACUACUUCUAAAAGAAAGACGUCACCCGAUCGUAUCAGUGAAAAAACAACCAACAGAGGAGCUAAAGACACACUUGACAGACCUAACACAAAAUCACAGAAGGCAUCUAAAAGGGAAGACAAAUCACCAGGCCCUUCUGAAAUGAAUUCACAGAAAGUACCAUCUGGUCCAGAUACCCAAAGGCAGCUUAAUAAUGCAGCAGCAAACCAGAACUCAAAUGCAGCCUCAAGCACUAGAAAAGAUUUUGGCCCAAGGUGGAAUAAACCAUCUGAACUGAAGCUUAACGAAGCAGUAGUUAAGCCCGCUGGUGGCAAUAGAGGAAGAACUCUAAAUUACAGUGUUUCACCUUCUCCAUCCAGUCCUGAUGACUUAUUUCAAGCAAGGCCAAAAAGCAGAGGAUUGAUUGAUGAAACUAAGAGAGGGUCCAAUGCAUCACAAUAUGACAAUGUUCCCGGAGCAGAGUCUGAGUCAGAUACCAGGAUUGAAGAAAUGCUGGAAAGGUCCACAUCACGGAGUCCACGAAACACCAAAUCAGCAAGUCCAACUAAAGUGCUCAUCAACAUUAACAUGAAUGGGCAACAGAAAUUGCACAAGCACACUUCACAGUUUGAAAAUGCAGACCAAAGAUCCCCCACUCGACCACCACCCUCCUAUCCUGGUCCUCCUGCUUAUAACAACCCUCAACAAUAUCCUUCUGUUUGGAAUAACCAGGCACCCUACCCUUCACAGUUCAACCGUGGCAAGGACUUCAAAUGGGAUGAGUUAUCUCCUGACAUGUCACACAUUGAUUCUCUCCCAGUCAGGGACAGAGUGUUUGUCACCUCUCCCCCAACCAAUCCCAUCUUUGUCAUGCCUGCUGAGACAAGCGGACAGUACAAUUCUGUAAAUUCAAAUAGCUAUGGUAGACAACCCAGCAAAUUUGCUUACCCGCCGGUAGAUUACGUCACUGACAUUAGGAGACAAGCCGAGCGUUUUCCUGCAUACAGACAAGAUCCUCAUAGGCGACAGUGGAGCCAAGAGACUGAUGCAAGGUACGCAGGGAGUAUGCCAAGGUCACCAAGUUUUCAAAAAGCUCAAAUGUCUCCAGUGCAGGAGUUUGCUUUUCCAAACUCUAGCCCCCAGUAUAGUUCACCUCAGUACAGAACCCUUUACCCAGAAUCCCAGACUUCAUCCAGACAACCGUACCCAACCUCAUACAACAUGCAGCAGUACAGGCAUCCAACGGAAGGACUGUCCGUGCAGGAGUCUGUGCUGUUGUGAGGAGUAGCAGAGUGGUGACAGAGGAACACACAAUGUGGUCUCGAGACAAUUUGAGAAGAGAGGACAAACGACCAUAAGACUUAGCAUAGGUGUGUUCAGCAUUCCUGCACGUUACCUUGUAUUUCAACCCCUGUAAUUUUACUUGAAUUGAAAAAUGGUAACUGAUCUUUAAUGUUGGAUUCUAAUUUGAAAUCAGAUACGUGAAUUUUAUUUUUAGUUUUAGGACUGGAAAGUCCAAUUCCGUAAUGAUAAUUCCAGGAUUACCAAAUGUUAAAAAUCACAUUUGUCUGCAGGUAAUCUGUUAAAGCUUUGUCGAGUGCACUACGAUAUUGGUCCCUAAGAAAAAU